CCUUAACCGGAUGUGUUCAUUACUGCUUCCGGGGUCGGUCCUGAGUCUCGGUAGUCACGCUGCCAGCGUCCAUGCACAGUAAAUAAUCAGUUUAACGGAAGAGUUGAAGACAUUUGGCUGUAUGGUGUUUCUGCUGAAGCUCACAGAAGCUCAACAUGAAGAACAGAAGCUGUGGCUGGGUGGACUGUCGGCUCAGACAGAGAGUGGAACAGUAUCUGGCAGCCAGCAACAGGGAAUAUGUGGACCUUUCAGCCAUGGCCCUGGAUCUUCAAAAACUCUACAGAAUGGAGUAUGGAAGAAGAAACAAGACAGCAUUCAGGAUUCAAGUAGAGAAAGUGUAUGAAGCCAUCACAAAGGAGUCUGACCUUACUGAUCUGGAGAGCAAACACAUGGCCAAGAGGGCCAAGCACAACCAUGCUGACACUGGCGAAGGCAGCAGUAGUUCAGAGGAAUCCUCCGAGAGUGAUGACCAUAUUCUGGAAAACACUCCUGCCAACCACAUGAACAGUUCUCUGACAUCUCUGUACCGGAAAGGACACCCAGACUCCAGCACCUGCUCACCCGGACCUGAUCAGCUCACUACCGGCAGUACUGCUAGCAUAGCUAACCCCACUCCCAGCACAGGGACGCUUGUGUCCACAGGAGGAUGGUUCAUUGACAAAAGCAGGGGCCCUGAGAAGAGCAACAUCCUUAUCGACCUGUGUGACGAAGAGCCAGCUAAUGCAGAGGCUAAUCAGACAGACGUGCCCUUGCUGGAGCCUGAGAAAUCUCACAAGAAGGCAAAGAAAAGGAUGAAGAGCUCCACUGACAUUACUGAUUCUCGCACACUGAACAGGAAGGCAAAAUCCAAGUCGCCAGAGCUACAGUAUCCCUCUUUGAAGUUUGAAGAUGUGGGAGGUAAUGAGGAAACAUUAACGGAUGUGUGUAAGCUGCUGAUCCACAUGCGUCACCCAGAGGUGUACCAGCAGCUGGGAAUGGCUCCUCCAAGGGGCUUCCUGCUCCAUGGCCCUCCUGGCUGUGGAAAGACCCUGCUGGCCCAGGCUGUGGCUGGGGAGCUACAGCUGCCCAUGUUGAAAGUGUCUGCCCCUGAGCUGGUGUCUGGAGUAUCUGGGGAAUCUGAGCAGAAGCUCAGAGAACUGUUUGACCUGGCUGUGAGCUCAGCUCCAUGUAUCCUGUUCAUAGAUGAGAUAGAUGCCAUCACCCCUAAGAGAGAGGUGGCCUCUAAAGACAUGGAGCGGAGGAUUGUAGCCCAGCUGCUAACCUGCAUGGAUGACUUGAACAGCCUGACAGUGACAGCACAGGUCCUUGUCAUUGGUGCCACCAACAGGCCGGACUCCCUGGAUCCUGCCCUCCGCAGAGCCGGACGCUUUGACAGAGAGAUCUGCCUGGGGAUUCCUGAUGAGGCAGCUCGUCUCAGGAUCUUGAAGACAUUGUGUCGAAAGCUGAAGCUGCCGGAGGAUUUUGACUACCAGCAGCUGGCCAGGCUCACACCAGGCUACGUGGGUGCAGACCUUAUGGCUCUGUGCCGUGAAGCUGCUAUGACCGCUAUAAACAGGGUUUUGCUGGAAACAAGAGGACAGUCACACAGCCACAGCCAGAGCUCCAGUAAAGAGCUGCUACCAAGCACAGAUCAGACUGAAGCUGAUGUGAUGGGAAAAGAGAUCAGAGAGCAGCAGACAGCAAACAUCAACCCAGGAGCUGAGGAGGAGUCAGGACAGAAUCAACAGCAGCAGGGGCAGCUGUGUCACUUGUUGCUCCUGUUGAAGAACACUGAUACACUGUCAGAGGAAGAGUUGGCCAGCCUGUCCAUCCUCAUGUCAGACUUCCAGUCCUCUCUGGCCAGUGUCCAACCCUCAGCCAAGAGGGAAGGCUUCGCCACCGUGCCUGAUGUCACCUGGGAUGAUGUGGGAGCCCUGCAGGACAUCAGAGAGGAGCUCACCAUGGCCAUACUGGCUCCGGUGCAUUCUCCAGAGCAGUUCAGAGCUCUUGGCCUCAGUGCUCCAUCUGGUGUGCUGCUGGCUGGACCUCCAGGAUGUGGAAAAACACUGCUGGCUAAGGCUGUGGCCAAUGAAUCAGGCCUCAACUUCAUCUCUGUCAAGGGUCCAGAGCUGCUCAACAUGUAUGUGGGAGAGAGUGAGCGGGCUGUCAGACAGGUCUUCCAGAGAGGACGCAACUCAGCUCCUUGUGUCAUCUUCUUUGAUGAGAUCGAUGCUCUGUGUCCUCGCCGCUCAGGCCAUGAGUCAGGAGCCAGUGUGCGGGUGGUCAACCAGCUGCUCACAGAAAUGGACGGCCUGGAGACGCGACGACAGGUGUUCAUCAUGGCUGCAACCAACAGACCAGAUAUUAUUGACCCGGCCAUACUCAGGCCAGGUCGUCUAGAUAAAACCUUGUAUGUGGGUCUGCCUCCUCCAGCAGACCGCCAUGCCAUUCUGCUCACCAUUACUAAGGGCGGGACCAAACCACCGCUGGAGCAAGAUGUCUGUCUAGAAGAGAUCGCCUCUGAUGAGCGUUGUGAUUGUUUCAGUGGUGCCGACUUGACUGCAUUAAUAAGGGAAGCAUCUGUGAAUGCCCUGAGGGCCUUCCUGAAGUCUCAGCAUUCCUCAGCCUCUUCCUUUGGUCACACAGACUCAUCUGGCUCCUUUGCUGACAUCAGAGUGAGCAAACAGAACUUUGAUGAUGCCUUCAAGAAAGUCCGUCCAUCUGUGUCUAAAAAGGACCAGAAGAUGUACGAUCUGCUCAGAGAGUCCCUCAGCAGAUGAGUCCAGACCAGAGCCAGAGACUUCGCCAGCAACAGCUCACCUUUGAAAUCAUCUCCAGAUAUCAGUCAAUAAUUUGAUUUCAUGCACGUAACACAUUUUUUUAUGGUUGAAUCCAUAAUACAGAUUCCUGAUUUUAUAAUAAAAAAUGUAUAGAAACGAGAAGAUGA